CCAAAAUAUGGCGGCUUCGUCGGAUUUAACGAUGUCUUCACAAAAUAUAAAUCUAAUUGAUGAGUUAGAAUCAUCAUUUUUGAACUGCAUGUCAUUGAUGACCAGUCAGGAGCAGUAUAAUGUGCAGGAUUCAGAAGAAACAAAAACAAGUAUAGAAAAUGCCAUGCAGAGGUUUUUGGAGCUUUCCAGGCAAACAGAGGCAUUUUUCUUGAGGAAGAGAAUGCUCAUUACAUAUCAGAAACCAGACCUGCUUGUCAAAGAUGAAAUAUUAGAUCUAAAGGCGGAGUUAGUUCGUAAGGAGCAGUUGCUAGAGCGUCAUGCGGAGAAGUUUAAGCGCUGUCAACUCCUUAUGAAAGAGCGAGAGGGAACCAGUCCAUCUGUGCAUGCUGGAUCAGGGCACCAGUCGGCCAUGCAGAGUGUCAACUCCCACCAGACCCCACCCCCUCAGCCUCAGGGCCUUGGGGCAACUGGUGCCAUGCCUGUAGGCCACCUGCCACCCUAUAGCCAGCCUCACCACCUACCGGGAAUGGGUGGGCAGCAAGGUGGAUCAAUGGCCCCGGGUUCCGGCCCAUAUCAGGGGUAUCCGACCACCAUGCAUGGGCAGGGGCCAGGUGGAAUGCCAGGACCAGGUAUGCAGUCACACUCAAUGGGCAUGGGCCCCCGCCCCCAGCCCCCUCCCUCCUACCCACAAGGCCCUCUUGCCUAUCUGGAACAAACAACGUCUAAUAUUGGCCUCCCAGACAGGCGCUGAGGAGCAAGGCUGCGUGGUUCAAUACCUAAAGGCAUGGUUGUUGACAUGAAUUUGUAUGCCCCGAUUGUGUUCAUUUUGAUGAUGUUUCUGUCAAAGCUGGUUAAAGAUUCUGUGAAUCACCAGUAGUUUAAAUAAGCACAAGUCUGCAAGCUUGCUUAAAUUUCAGAUUUAAUAUAGCAGUAUGUGUUGACAAUUUUGAUUCCAAGCACUAGUAUAAGAAUUAAGGCUUCUUAUAAAGUCUUUAUUUGGAUGACUGUGUGAAACAGAAUCUGGACUGGUUUCCACUUGCAUACAUGGAGGCGGUAGAUUUCUUGACUUCAGGAACUUAAAUGCAAGCUGAACAUGAUGUUGUGCUUGUCCUAAGAAUGAUGGAUGCUCUAUUGUUAAAGUGACCCUCAUAUUUAAAAUCAAAACAUUCACAUGUGUGAUAAAGAUAAAUUUUGAGUGAUAAACCUUCAACCACUUACUAAAUAAUGCAUUUAUCUUGUAACAAGAUUGUAACCAUCUAUUUAAAGGCUGAAAAAUUGCAAAUAUUAAAUGAUUGGUGAGUGCUAAAAGAUUUACAAUGUUGAACUAUCGUCUCUUAAGGUAGAAAUAUUUCUGCACCUUUCUUUGAAAUAAGGCAAGGAAUCUUUCAUAAGAACCAUUAUUUUCAAUAUUUAUUCACCUUUUUCGAUAACAAUUGUAUUAAUUGUUGUAGAUCUUAUUUGGGAGUAAGAGUGCAUCUUUAAUGUUAUUUUAAUCUGUUCGGCCAUCAUGUCAAUGAGCGUAUGACAAAGUUUGUAAGGUUAAGAAUUUUAUAUUAGUAUGAACUGAGUGGCUCCAAUUAUAUUGGUAUUUUACUUUCAUAAUGAAAUAAACUUUAACUGACUUACAAAGCUAGCAUUUCAGACACUUGGACAGAAUAAGUACACAUGUAUGGGCAUAAUAUCUUGGACAAGUUCAAUAACCACUUAUAUUGCUCAAGUCACUCAAGAGUAAUUGCCCUUUAAUUAUAGAAAUCUCCUUAAAUUGGACUUGUCUGAUCAAUAACUUAAGAAGCCUUUGUCUAACCAUAAUCAAAUUUGUGCAGAAUGUGUAUUGGCAUAAUAUCUCAGACAAGUUUGAUAACCAGCCAUGACGGUAUUUUCAUUCAACAGUUAUCGCUCUUGAGCUAUAGAAAUUACGUAAAAUUGGUCUUGUCUGAUCAAUAACUUUAGAAGCUUUUGUCCAAAAAGAGUAUGGGCUAAUUUGGGAUAGUUGGCGCUCUUGUUUUCUUUUUUUCUUCUGUCAUUCAAUAUGUUUGCCUAGUUUUUAAGAUAUAUGAAACAUAAAAGUUGUUGAAAUAAACAUUUUCAUCCUUAAUUUAGUAUAGAAAUAUGCUUUCGAGUACUUUGGAUUUGAUUUUCUAUGAUGGUUUUUCAUAUCGAUAUGAUUAUGAUUAAUGAAAUUUGUCUGAUUAUUCAACACUUUAUGAUGGCAAAGAAUCUUUAUAUUUUAGUCACUUUCCUGAGAGCUCAUUUCUUGAUAAAUUGAUUAAAUAAAUUAAUAAUCUUUUUUUCUGUAUUAAUCUAAAUUACACUCACUUAUUUGAUAAAGUAAAUAAAUAUCUCAGAUAAGUUUGAUAACAAUUUCUCUGAAAGGAUUUUCGAUUACAGCGCUCUUUAUUUCUGUAUAUAUAUGUUAAUGUGCAUAGUGUUGAUCAAAUUCAUCGUAGAAAUGGAAAAUAAAAAAAUAACAAAUGUA